AUGGAUAGAACAGGGGGAAGACCAAAGAGGAGGGGUAAGGGAAGCAAAGGGAGGAUAGAACAGGGGGAGAAGGCAAGGAAGGAUGGAACAGGGGAAGAGAGGAUAGAUCAGGGUAGAAGGGAAGGGAGGAUAGAACAGGGUAGAAGGGAGGAUAGAACACAGGUGGUGAAGGGAAGAGAGGAUAGAACAGGGGAAAGGGAAGGUAGGAUAGAACAGGAGGAAAGGGAGGAUAAGACACUGAUGGAGAAGGGAAGAGAGGAUAGAACAGGGGAGAAGGGAAGGACGGAAGGGAGGAUAAAACAGGGGCUAAAGGAAGAUAGAACAGAAGGGAGAAGGGAGGAUAGAAUACUGGGGGAGAAGGGAGGAUAUAAUACUGGGGAAGGAGGGAAGGGAGGAGAUAACAGAGGAGAAGGGAAGGGAGGAUAG